AUAUGGCUAUGGAUUAGCUAUAUGCUAAUACCGAUAGGGGGAAAAAAGAGCUGUGCUGAACUCGGCAAGCUGCUGCCCGUUGAGGCAAUCAGAGACUGAACAGAGCUACCUCCUCCAAAGCCAUGGCUGAAGGGGGUGAAGGAGGAGAAGAUGAAAUACAGUUCCUACGAACUGAUGAUGAAGUAGUACUUCAGUGCAUUGCCAAUAUUCACAAAGAACAACGGAAAUUCUGCCUGGCAGCUGAGGGGCUUGGGAAUCGCCUGUGUUUUCUGGAGCCAACUUCAGAAGCUAAAUAUGUCCCUCCUGACCUUUGCAUCUGUAACUUUGUAUUGGAACAGUCUUUAUCUGUCAGAGCUCUCCAGGAAAUGCUUGCCAAUACAGGAGACAAUUCAAGUGAAGGGUUUAUAAGAAAGGCAGCCCGAGGAGGUGGUCAUAGAACACUGCUGUAUGGCCAUGCUAUUCUACUGCGUCAUUCCUUCAGUGGAAUGUAUUUGACAUGUUUGACUACAUCAAGGUCUCAGACAGAUAAACUUGCAUUUGAUGUGGGGCUACAAGAAAAUGCAGCAGGUGAAGCUUGCUGGUGGACCAUACAUCCCGCCUCUAAACAAAGGUCGGAAGGAGAAAAGGUCCGUAUUGGGGAUGAUCUUAUCUUGGUUAAUGUGUCUUCUGAAAGAUACCUGCAUCUCUCUGUAUCAUAUGGAAACAUACAAGUGGAUGCUUCUUUUAUGCAAACACUAUGGAAUGUGCACCCCACACGUUCAGGAAGCAGCAUUGAGGAAGGAUAUCUUCUUGGAGGGCAUGUAUUACGUUUAUUUCAUGGCCAUGAUGAGUGUUUGACCAUCUCAUCUACAGAACAGAAUGAUUCACCCUACAAACGGGCAUUUUAUGAAGCAGGAGGAGCUGCUGCACGUGCAAGGUCAUUGUGGAGAGUAGAACCUCUUCGCAUAAGCUGGAGUGGGAGCAACAUUCGCUGGGGACAGCCAUUUCGCCUUCGACAUAUUACCACAGGGCAAUUUUUAGCCCUGACAGAAGACCAGGGGCUUGUCUUGUUAGACAGAGAAAAGGCUGACACAAAAUCAUCUUCCUUUUGUUUCAGAGCAUCAAAGGAAAAAUUGGAUUCUGCUCAUAAGCGUGAUAUUGAUGGAAUGGGAGUUCCUGAAAUAAAGUAUGGUGAUUCCAUUUGUUUUGUGCAGCAUGUAGCCAGCACUUUGUGGCUUACUUAUAAAGCACAGGAUGCUAAAACAGUGCGCUUGGGACCACUGAAAAGAAAGGUUAUUUUGCACCAAGAAGGACAUAUGGAUGAUGGUCUCACAUUGCAAAGAUGUCAACAUGAAGAAUCCCAGGCUGCUCGAAUCAUUCGUAAUACAACAAGAUUAUUUAGUCAAUUUAUAAGUGGAAAUAACAGAACUUCAACUCCCAUCUCCCUGCCGAUUGAAGAGGUACUACAGACACUGCAAGACCUGAUUACAUAUUUUCUGCCUCCAGAAGAAGAGCUAGAACAUGAAGAUAAACAGAACAAACUUCGUUCUCUUAAGAAUAGACAAAAUCUAUUCAAAGAAGAGGGAAUGCUGGCACUGGUUUUGAACUGCAUUGAUCGCUUAAACGUCUACUAUAGUACUGCUCAUUUUACAGGGGCUGGCAGUGAGGAGAGUGGUACAGCAUGGAAAGAGAUUCUGAAUCUCCUUUACAAAUUGUUAGCUGCUCUUAUUUGUGGUAACAGAAAUAAUUGUGCCCAGUUUUCUAAUAACCUAGAUUGGUUAAUUAGUAAAUUGGACAGAUUAGAAUCAUCUUCAGGUAUUUUGGAAGUCUUGCACUGCAUCUUGAUUGAAAGCCCAGAGGCUUUAAAUUUGAUAGAAGAAGGACAUAUAAAAUCCAUAAUCUCACUGCUGGAUAAGCAUGGACGCAACUAUAAGAUUCUUGAAGUGCUUUGCUCCCUUUGUCUCUGUAAUGGAGUAGCAGUGCGUGCUAAUCAGAAUUUAAUCUGUGACAAUCUUCUCCCUCGAAGAGAUCUACUUUUACAAACACGGCUGGUGAAUGAUGUAACAAGUAUGAGACCAAACAUAUUUCUGGGAAUUGCUGAGGGCUCAGCACAAUAUAAGAAAUGGUACUUUGAACUAAUAAUUGAUCAGGUAGAUCCAUUUCUGACAGCAGAACCCACACAUCUGCGGGUUGGCUGGGCUUCCACAUCAGGCUACGCCCCUUAUCCUGGAGGUGGAGAAGGAUGGGGAGGCAAUGGUGUUGGUGAUGACCUAUGCUCAUAUGGAUUUGAUGGACUUCAUCUAUGGUCUGGUCGAAUACCUAGAGCUGUUGCAUCUGUCAAUCAGCAUUUGCUAGCUUCUGAUGAUGUGGUCAGCUGUUGCCUGGAUCUAGGGGUGCCCAGUAUUUCUUUCCGCAUAAAUGGACAACCAGUGCAAGGAAUGUUUGAGAACUUCAACACUGAUGGACUCUUUUUUCCUGUGGUGAGCUUCUCAGCAGGUGUUAAAGUACGUUUCUUAAUGGGUGGACGUCAUGGAGAGUUCAAGUUUCUACCACCUGCUGGCUAUGUGCCUUGUUAUGAAGCUUUUCUCCCAAAAGAGAAAAUGAAGCUGGAACCCGUAAAAGAAUAUAAGAGAGAUUCUGAUGGAAUUAGGGAUUUGCUUGGUACAACACAGUUUCUUUCCCAAGCUAACUUUAUUCCUUGUCCAAUUGAUACCAGCCAGAUUGCUUUGCCUCUUCAUCUAGAGAAAAUCCGUGACAAGCUUGCAGAAAAUAUCCAUGAACUAUGGGCAAUGAAUAAAAUAGAACUUGGCUGGGCUUAUGGCAAGUUAAGAGAUGAUAAUAAAAGACAACACCCUUGUCUAGUGGAAUUUUCAAAGUUACCUGAAACAGAAAAGAACUACAACCUACAGAUGUCAACUGAAACUCUGAAAACUCUUUUGGCCCUUGGAUGCCAUAUUGUUCAUGUCAAUCCAGGAGCAGAGGAAGAUCUUAAGAAAAUCAAGCUCCAAAAAAAUUACAUGAUGUCAAAUGGUUACAAACCAGCACCUCUAGAUCUUUCUGAAGUCAAAUUAUCACCUGCACAAGAAGUUUUAGUUGAUAAACUUGCAGAAAAUGCACAUAAUGUUUGGGCAAAAGACAGAAUAAAACAAGGUUGGACCUAUGGAAUUCAGCAGGAUCUCAAAAACAAGCGAAACCCUCGACUCGUGCCGUAUCCAUUAUUAGAUGAGCGUACUAAGAAAUCAAACAGAGAUAGCCUUCGUGAAGCUGUUCGUACUUUUGCAGGUUACGGAUAUAAUAUUGAGCCACCAGAUCAAGAAUUAGCUGAUCAAACUGUGGAGAAAGUGAGCAUUGACAAGAUACGCUUCUUCAGAGUAGAGCGGUCUUAUGCAGUUAAGACAGGAAAGUGGUAUUUUGAAUUUGAAGUUGUGACAGAAGGAGAUAUGCGUGUUGGGUGGGCGAGACCAGGCUGUCGUCCUGAUGUAGAAUUGGGAGCUGAUGACCAAGCAUUUGUAUUUGAAGGCAGCAAAGGUCAACGCUGGCACCAAGGGAGUGGAUUCUUUGGACGAAAUUGGCAAGCUGGAGAUGUGGUGGGCUGCAUGAUAAAUCUAGAUGACAAAUCAAUUAUCUUUACUUUGAAUGGGGAGUUACUUAUAACAAAUAAAGGUUCAGAGCUUGCUUUUGCUGAUUUUGAAAUAGAUAAUGGUUUUGUCCCAAUAUGCUCAUUGGGUCUAUCUCAGAUUGGUCAAAUGAAUUUUGGAAGAGAUGCCAGCAACUUCAAAUAUUAUACAAUGUGCGGACUUCAAGAAGGCUUUGAACCUUUUGCUGUCAACAUGAACAGAGAUGUUGCUAUGUGGUUUAGCAAACGCUUGCCAACAUUUGUCAAUGUGCCAAAAACACAUCCUCGUAUUGAGGUGACAAGAAUUGAUGGAAACAUAGAUAACCCACCACGUUUGAAAGUUACCCAUAAGACAUUUGGAACACAGAGUAAUAAUGCAGAGAUGAUAUAUUGUCGUUUAAGUAUGCCUAUUGAAUUCCAUUCAUCUUUUAACUACUGUACUGGUUUGGAACUUGUUGAUGGUUUCCAAAAAAGAAAACAGAACCACGAGAUACCUCUUUAUGCAACAACAUACUAUUACUCAGUGCGGAUCUUUGCUGGUCAAGACUUGUCUUCAGUGUGGAUUGGUUGGGUCACUCCUGAUUACCACUUCUAUAGUGAACAUUUUGACUUAAAUAAGAACUGCACAGUUACAGUUACUUUGGGAGAUGAAAGAGGCAGAGUUCAUGAAAGUGUAAAACGUAGCAAUUGCUACAUGGUCUGGGGAGGAGAACCAUCUGUUACUUCACAGAGAUCAGGUCGCAGUAAUGUUGAUUUGGAAAUUGGAUGCCUUGCUGAAUUGGCUUCUGGAAUGUUAUCAUUUACAGCCAAUGGAAAGGAGCUGGGAACUUUCUACCAGGUUGAACCAAACACAAAAUUAUUUCCAGCAGUUUUUUUACACCCCACGAGCACAAACCUGCUGCAGUUUGAACUUGGUAAAUUAAAGAACACCAUGCCUUUAUCAGCAGCAAUCUUUAAAAGUGAAGAAAAAAACCCUAUUCCCCAGUGCCCUCCUCGGCUGGAUGUCCAGACACUUACACCAGUUGUGUGGAGCAGAAUGCCAAACAGUUUCCUGAAGGUAGAGGCUGAGCGAGUCAGUGAUCGCCAUGGCUGGGUAGUGCAAUGUCUGGAAACUUUGCAGAUGAUGGCCCUUCAUAUUCCUGAAGAAAACAGGUGUAUUGAUAUUUUGGAGCUAUGUGAACAAGAGGAUUUGAUGAGGUUCCACUACCAUACUUUAAAACUUUAUAGCUCUGUGUGUGCACUGGGUAACAACAGAGUAGCUUAUGCCCUUUGCAGCCAUGUGGAUCUUUCUCAGUUAUUUUACACAAUAGAUAAUCAAUAUUUACCUGGACUCUUACGAUCCGGAUUCUAUGACUUACUUAUCAGCAUUCAUUUAGAAUAUUCCAAGGAAGCUAAGCUCAUGAUGAACAAUGAAUUUAUCAUUCCAAUUACAGAUGAAACAAGGAAAAUUAAAUUAUUUCCAGAUGAAAAAAAGAUGCAUGGUUUACCUGGAGUAGGACUUAGCACCUGCUUGAAACCAGAUUUUAAAUUCUCUACUCCUUGUUUUAUUUUGUCUCAUGAGGAUCAUCAAAAGCCUAGUCCAGAGAUACCACUUGAUAUACUUAAAUCCAAGGCUAUAAGUAUGCUAACAGAAGCGGUCUACUGCAGUGGAACUCACAUACGAGACCCUGUUGGAGGGAAAGUUGAGUUCCAGUUUGUUCCUGUUCUCAAACUUAUAGGAACUUUACUCAUAAUGGGAGUUUUUGAUGAUGAUGAUGUUAAACAGAUUUUACUGCUGAUUGAUCCAUGUGUGUUUGGUGAGCCCAAGGAAGAAGCAAUGGAGACAACAGACAAGGAGGGUGUUACACAAAUAGAAGAAAAAGCUGUAGAGGCUGGGGAAAAGGCGAUCAAGGAAACUAAAACUCCAAUAAAAGGCUUGCUGCAAACAAGAUUACCUGAAUCUGUUAAACUCCAGAUGUGUGAGCUGCUAAAUUAUUUCUGUGACUGUGAGUUGAAACACAGAGUGGAAGCCAUCGUAUCAUUUGCAGAUACUUAUGUUUCAAAAUUGCAGUAUAAUCAGAAAUACAGAUAUAAUGAACUAAUGCAAGCCUUGAAUAUGUCUGCUGCUUUAACUGCCAGGAAAACAAAGGAAUUUCGUUCUCCUCCACAAGAACAGAUUAAUAUGUUGCUAAAUUUUCAACUGGGAGAAGACUGUCCUUGCCCAGAGGAGAUUCGGGAAGAGUUAUAUGAAUUUCAUGAUGAUCUCCUGAUUCAUUGUGGCAUUCCAUUGGAAGAAGAGGAUGAAGAAAGAGAUGCCAUUUCUUGGACCGGUAAACUACGUUCUUUGAUACACAAAAUAAAAGGGCUAUCCAAGACUGAAAAGAAAAAGCCAACUGAGGAGAAUGAAAAGUAUCCUACUACUUUGAAGGAGUUGAUAUCUCAAACUAUGGUUUGCUGGGCUCAAGAAGAUCAGAUCCAAGAUCCAGAAUUAGUUUGCAUUAUGUUUAACCUCCUUCGAAGGCAAUAUGACAGCAUCGGUGAACUACUGCAAGCUCUGAGGAAAUCCUACACUAUAAGUGCUGCCUCUGUGCAGGAUACAAUCAAUUUAUUAGCAGCACUGGGGCAAAUUCGCUCCCUUCUCAGUGUCAGGAUGGGAAAAGAAGAGGAAUUGCUUAUGAUUAAUGGCCUAGGAGAUAUAAUGAACAACAAAGUAUUUUACCAGCAUCCUAAUUUAAUGAGAGUCCUGGGUAUGCAUGAGACAGUUAUGGAAGUAAUGGUAAAUGUUCUUGGAGGAGACAAAUCUCAGAUUGCUUUUCCAAAAAUGGUGGCAAGUUGUUGUCGGUUCCUCUGCUAUUUCUGCCGCAUCAGUCGCCAAAACCAAAAAGCCAUGUUUGAGCAUCUAAGCUAUUUACUUGAAAACAGCAGUGUGGGACUUGCCUCUCCUUCUAUGAGGGGUUCUACUCCACUAGAUGUAGCAGCUGCCUCUGUAAUGGACAAUAAUGAGCUCGCACUUGCAUUGGAGGAGCCAGACCUAGAAAAGGUUGUAACCUACUUGGCAGGUUGUGGACUUCAGAGCUGCCCAAUGCUCUUGGCAGCAGGAUAUCCUGACAUUGGUUGGAAUCCAAUAGAGGGGGAGCGUUAUCUAUCAUUUUUAAGAUUUGCUGUUUUUGUUAAUGGUGAAAGUGUUGAGGAGAACGCCACUGUUGUUGUCAAACUGCUUAUUCGGCGCCCAGAAUGUUUUGGCCCAGCUCUUAGAGGAGAAGGAGGAAAUGGUUUGUUGGCUGCUAUGCAAGGAGCAAUUAAGAUCUCUGAGAACCCAGCUCUUGAUCUUCCCUCACAGGGAUAUAAAAGGGAACUCAAUCUUGAGGAAGAUGAGGAAGAGGAAGAGAUUGUACACAUGGGCAACGCAAUUAUGUCUUUCUAUUCAGCUCUUAUAGAUCUGCUGGGUCGUUGUGCGCCAGAAAUGCAUCUCAUCCAAACUGGGAAGGGUGAAGCCAUUCGAAUCCGGUCAAUCCUGCGCUCCCUGGUGCCAACAGAAGACUUGGUUGGAAUUAUAAGCAUUCCACUAAAACUGCCAACAGGAAAUAAAGAUGGAACAGUUACUGAGCCUGACAUGUCUGCAAAUUUCUGCCCUGACCAUAAGGCACCCAUGGUGCUAUUUCUAGAUCGUGUCUAUGGUAUAAAAGACCAAAGCUUCCUUCUUCAUCUGCUGGAGGUUGGAUUUUUACCAGAUUUGAGAACAUGUGCCUCAUUGGAUACAGUUUCUUUGAGUACCACAGAGACAGCUCUUGCUCUAAAUAGAUAUAUUUGCACAGCUGUGUUUCCAUUACUUACAAGGUGUGCUGCUCUGUUUUCGGGAACUGAGCAUUAUGUCUCUCUGGUUGAUUCCACACUUCAGACAAUAUAUCGUCUCUCCAAAGGACGCUCCCUUACAAAAGCACAAAGAGACACUAUUGAAGAAUGCUUGCUUGCUAUCUGCCAUCACUUACGGCCUUCUAUGUUACAGCAACUAUUGCGACGACUGGUUUUUGAUGUACCCUUACUUAAUGAAUACUGUAAAAUGCCACUUAAGCUUCUAACAAAUCACUAUGAGCAAUGCUGGAAAUAUUACUGCUUGCCUUCAGGAUGGGGAAAUUAUGGAAUUGCAGCUGAAGAAGAGUUACAUUUAACUGAGAAACUUUUCUGGGGAAUAUUUGAUUCCCUCUCCCAUAAGUUCCUAUCUCUUCUGCAGAAGUAUGAUCCAGAGCUCUUCCGAAUGGCCUUACCUUGUUUAAGUGCUAUAGCUGGAGCUUUGCCACCAGACUAUUUAGACACUCGAAUUACCUCAACUUUAGAAAAGCAGACUUCAGUAGAUGCUGAAGGAAACUUUGAUCCCAAACCUAUCAGCACAGUGAACUUUACCCUUCCUGAAAAGCUGGAAUAUAUUGUCAACAAGUAUGCUGAACAUACACAUGACAAAUGGGCUUGUGAGAAGAGUAAUAAUGGAUGGAAGUAUGCCACUUCUCUAGAUGAAAAUAUGAAGACACAUCCUUUAAUAAGGCCUUUUAAAACAUUAAUUGAAAAGGAAAAGGAAAUAUAUCGAUGGCCUGCUAGAGAAUCUCUUAAAACUAUGUUAGCAAUGGGAUGGAGUCUAGAAAAAACCAAAGAAGAUUCAAUAGUACAGCAAUGGGAAAAUGAAAAGCUCCGCAGUAUAUCACAGUCCAGUCAAGGAAAUGGAUAUAACCCAGCUCCUCUUGAUCUUUCGAAUGUUGUACUGUCUAGGGAACUCCAGGGAAUGGUUGAGGUGGUGGCAGAAAAUUAUCAUAACAUUUGGGCUAAAAAGAAGAAAACUGAAUUAGAAAAUAAAGGUGGAGGCGCUCAUCCUUUAUUGGUACCUUAUGACACUUUGACAGCCAAAGAAAAGUCUCGGGACAGAGAGAAAGCACAAGAACUUUUUAAAUUUCUUUUAGUAAAUGGCAUUGUCAUAUCUAGAGGUUUAAAUGAUUUGGAGUUGGAUGCUUCAUCUAUGGAAAAAAGGUUUGCCUACAAGUUUCUGAGGAAGAUUCUAAAAUAUGUUGACUCUGCUCAUGAGUUCAUUGCACAUUUAGAAGCCAUUGUCACCAGUGGGAAAACUGAGAAGUCACCACAUGACCAAGAAAUCAAAUUCUUUGCCAAAGUUCUACUGCCAUUGGUUGACCAGUACUUUACAAACCACUGUCUGUAUUUCCUCUCUUCUCCUGCUAAGCCACUCAGCAGUAGUGGAUAUGCUUCCAACAAAGAAAAAGAAAUGGUAGCAAGUCUUUUCUGCAAACUUGCCGUUCUUGUCAGACACAGGAUUUCGCUUUUUGGUAGUGAUGCUACUACGAUGGUCAGUUGCAUACACAUUUUAGCUCAGACUCUAGAUACAAGAACUGUAAUGAAAUCAGGCUCAGAGCUGGUUAAGGCAGGAUUGCGUGCUUUCUUUGAAAAUGCAGCUGAAGAUCUAGAGAAGACAUCAGAAAAUCUUAAACUAGGAAAAUUUACACAUUCCCGAACACAAAUUAAAGGAGUCUCACAGAACAUCAACUAUACUACAGUCGCAUUGUUACCUAUCUUAACAUCAAUUUUUGACCAUGUUGCUCAGCAUCAUUUUGGCACUGAUUUGCUUUUAGGUGACAUCCAAGUUUCCUGUUACAGAAUUCUUUGUAGUCUGUACUCUCUUGGGACUGGAAAGAACAUCUAUGUCGAAAGGCAACGUCCAGCUCUUGGUGAAUGCUUGGCUUCCCUUGCAGCAGCAAUUCCAGUAGCCUUCCUUGAACCUUCUCUCAAUCUUUACAAUCCACUUUCUGUCUUCAACACAAAAUCUUCCAGAGAGAGAGCUCUUUUAGGUAUGCCUGAAACAGUAGAAGAAAUGUGUCCAGAAAUUCCUCAGUUGGAUGGCUUAAUGAAAGAAAUAAACAGCUUGGCAGAGUCUGGAGCCAGAUACACUGAAAUGUCAAAGAUUAAAUCCUCACUCAUCAAGUAUUGGUGGGAAAGGGGACCUGAAAACAAUCCUGAAAGCGGUGGUCCCUGUUGUACAAUGGUAACCUCUGAACAUCUCAGCAUAAUUUUGGGAAACAUUCUGAAAAUCAUCAACAACAAUCUAGGGAUAGAUGAAGCAUCCUGGAUGAAGAGAAUAGCAGUGUAUACUCAGCCAAUCAUCAGCAAAGCCAGACCGGAUCUCUUGAAAAGUCAUUUUAUUCCAACACUCGAAAAACUAAAGAAGAAGGCCAUAAAAAUAGUGAUGGAAGAGGAACAGCUGAAAGCAGACAGUAAAACUGAUACCCAAGAAGCAGAACUCCUCAUUCUAGAUGAAUUUGCAGUUCUUUGUCGUGACCUUUAUGCUUUUUAUCCUAUGUUGAUUCGCUAUGUAGACAACAACAGAUCAAACUGGCUCAAAAAACCAGAUGUAGAUUCUGAUGAACUUUUCCGAAUGGUUGCUGAAGUCUUCAUCCUCUGGUGUAAAUCCCAUAACUUCAAGAGAGAAGAACAAAAUUUUGUGAUUCAGAAUGAAAUCAACAAUUUGGCAUUUUUGACAGGAGAUAGCAAGAGUAAGAUAUCAAAAGCCAUGCAAGUAAAGUCUGGAGGUCAUGACCAAGAACGAAAGAAAUCAAAGCGUAGAGGAGAUUUAUACUCAAUUCAGACAUCACUGAUUGUAGCUGCACUUAAGAAAAUGCUUCCAAUUGGAUUGAAUAUGUGUACACCUGGAGAUCAAGAGUUGAUUUCUCUUGCUAAGUCUAGAUAUAGCUAUAAAGAUUCAGAAGAAGAGAUCAAAGAACACUUACGCAGUAACUUGCAUUUGCAGGAGAAGUCAGAUGAUCCUGCAGUGAAAUGGCAAUUGAAUCUGUAUAAAGACAUCUUGAAAACUGAGGAGCCUGCUGAUCCUGAGAAAACUGUGGAACGUGUACAAAGGAUCUCUGCAGCUGUCUAUCAUCUGGAACAGGUUGAGCAACCACUAAGAUCAAAGAAAGCUGUAUGGCACAAACUCUUGUCAAAACAACGUAAAAGAGCUGUUGUUGCUUGUUUCAGGAUGGCACCAUUAUACAAUUUGCCAAGGCACCGUUCUAUUAACCUGUUCCUCCAUGGUUAUCAGAAAUAUUGGAUAGAAACAGAGGAAUAUUCAUUUGAGGAGAAACUAAUUCAGGAUUUGGCUACCCCCUCAAAAAAAAGUGAGGAGGAAGAGGAUGAAGCUGAAAAACAUCCUGACCCUCUCCAUCAAAUUAUUCUUCAUUUUAGUCGAAAUGCUCUCACUGAAAGAAGCAAAUUGGAUAAUGACCCUUUGUAUACCGCGUAUUCAGCAAUGAUGGCAAAGAGCUGCCAAAGUGGAGAAGAUGAUGAAGAUGAUGAUGAAGAAAAAGAGAAGACGUUUGAGGAAAAAGAAAUGGAAAAGCAAAAAACUCUUUAUCAACAGUCUCGACUGCAUGAACGUGGUGCUGCUGAGAUGGUAUUGCAGAUGAUUAGUGCCAGUAAAGGGGAAAUGGGAACCAUGGUAGUUCAAACCCUGAAACUUGGUAUUGCUAUUCUAAAUGGAGGUAACUCCGUUGUUCAGCAGAAAAUGUUGGACUAUCUGAAGGAGAAAAAAGAUGCUGGCUUUUUUCAGAGCCUUUCUGGCUUAAUGCAGUCUUGCAGUGUUCUUGACUUGAAUGCCUUUGAAAGACAAAAUAAAGCAGAAGGCCUUGGAAUGGUUACUGAAGAAGGAACACUCAUCGUGCGUGAGCGUGGUGAGAAAGUACUACAGAAUGAUGAGUUUACUAAAGAUCUGUUUAGAUUUUUACAACUGCUGUGUGAAGGUCAUAACAAUGAUUUUCAGAAUUAUCUACGCACUCAGAUGGGCAAUACCACAACAGUGAAUAUUAUUAUUAGCACAGUUGAUUAUCUCUUGCGUCUUCAGGAAUCGAUUAGUGACUUUUACUGGUACUACUCUGGGAAAGAUGUGAUUGAUGAAUCUGGACAACGGAACUUUUCUAAAGCAUUGGCUGUAACCAAACAGAUUUUUAAUUCACUUACUGAAUAUAUCCAGGGUCCUUGCAUAGGAAACCAGCAGAGUCUGGCUCACAGUAGACUGUGGGAUGCAGUUGUUGGCUUCCUUCAUGUGUUUGCCAACAUGCAAAUGAAACUUUCGCAGGAUUCCAGUCAGAUUGAAUUGCUGAAGGAGCUUUUGGAUCUUCUGAAGGAUAUGGUGGUGAUGCUCUUGUCUCUACUUGAAGGUAAUGUUGUAAAUGGCACAAUUGGAAAGCAGAUGGUUGAUACCCUGGUUGAAUCAUCUAGUAAUGUUGAAAUGAUCCUAAAAUUCUUUGACAUGUUUCUCAAGCUGAAAGAUCUAACAAGCUCAGAAGCCUUCAAAGAGUAUGAUCCAGAAAGUAAAGGCAUAAUAUCAAAGAAAGAAUUUCAGAAAGCCAUGGAAGGUCAAAAGCAAUAUACACAAUCAGAGAUUGAGUUCCUGCUGUCCUGUGCAGAAGCUGAUGAAAAUGACAUGUUUAACUAUGUUGAUUUUGUUGAACGAUUUCAUGAACCAGCUAAAGACAUUGGAUUUAAUGUGGCGGUACUGUUAACAAAUCUUUCGGAACAUAUGCCAAACGAUUCACGACUUCAAACUUUAUUAGGCCCAGCGGAAAGUGUCCUUAACUAUUUUGAACCUUAUCUGGGGCGAAUUGAGAUAAUGGGUGGUGCCAAGAAAAUAGAACGGGUUUAUUUUGAGAUUAGUGAGUCCAGCAGGAUGCAGUGGGAGAAGCCUCAGGUGAAAGAAUCAAAAAGACAAUUUAUUUUUGAUGUUGUAAAUGAGGGAGGAGAACAAGAGAAAAUGGAGCUGUUUGUAAACUUCUGUGAGGACACUAUUUUUGAAAUGCAAUUGGCAUCUCAGAUCUCUGAAUCAGACUCUAUUGAAAGACCUGAGGAAGAGGAGGAAGAGGAGCCUUGCUACUUGAGGGAAGUUGGAGAUGAAGAAAAAGAAGACAAGUCCCUUGAAUCCAUUUCAGCUUUCUCAAUGGCAUGUAUUGCAUUAAAGAAAAACGCUGCUGCAUUUUUUAAAAUGAUCAGAAUAAAAAACGUAAGGAAACAGUACAGAAGAGUAAAGAAGAUGACAGUAAAAGAAUUAGUAAAAGUUUCUUUUUCCUUUUUCUGGGUGCUUUUUGUAGGAUUCUUUCAGAUGCUUUUCACUAUAGUGUGGGGCAUUUUUCAAAUUCUUUGGAGUACUGUAUUUGGUGGUGGCCUAGUGGAAGGAGCCAAAAAUAUCAGAGUGACCAAAAUACUAGGAGACAUGCCUGAUCCUACUCAGUUUGGAAUCCAUGAUGAUGUUCUUGAAGCAGAGAAAGGUGAAGCUACAGACCAUAACAUUACAGCUGAAAUUGUGCAGUUUGUAAAAAAUGAAAAGGGAGAGACAGACAUAUUGUCAGAUAUUUUUGGCAUUUCUACAAAGAAAGAGAGUGGCUUAAAACAUGGUCAUGAUGUUGGCCUAGGAGAUAUUGCAGAUAUUAUUGGAUCAGAGACCCCUCCUUGUUUGGAAAGCACAUCUCACAAGAAGAAAAGAUCACAGGCAGCUGAACUAAUGAAGGAUGAUGAAUCAGAAACAAGGACAGAAUCUGAGAAGGCUGAUAUGGAGGAUGGUGAAAAACAAGAUAAGAUAAAGGAUGAUGGAUAUUAUGAACAUUUGGAAGCUGAAGAACCCAGGAAAAAGAAACGAAGACAUGGGCAAAAAAUAGAAAAACCUGAUGCAGUUAUGGCAAACUUCUUUAAAGUACUGGAAGUCUAUCAGACAAAAAUGCUGCAUUACUUGGCUAGAAAUUUUUACAAUUUAAGAUUUCUAGCUCUUUUUGUUGCCUUUGCCAUCAACUUUAUCCUGCUUUUCUACAAGGUGACUGAAGAGCCGUUUGAGGAAACAGAAGAAGAUUCUGACCUAUGGCAUUCUUUGGAUGAGGAUGAGGAUGAAGAGGGUGUGGUUUUCUUUGUUUUACAAGAGAGUACAGGCUAUAUGGCACCAACACUAAGAACUCUAGCUGUUGUUCAUACAAUCAUCUCUUUUGUAUGUGUUGUUGGAUACUACUGCUUGAAGGUUCCCCUUGUUGUUUUCAAACGGGAAAAAGAUAUUGCAAGAAAAUUGGAAUUUGAUGGUCUGUAUAUUACUGAACAACCCUCUGAAGAUGAUAUUAAAGGACAGUGGGAUCGUCUAGUCAUAAACACUCCAUCUUUUCCUAACAAUUAUUGGGACAAGUUUGUGAAACGGAAGGUGAUCAACAAGUAUGGUGAUUUAUAUGGAGCGGAACGCAUUGCAGAACUCUUAGGCCUGGAUAAAAAUGCUCUUGACUUCAGUCCAGUAGAACAUACUGAACUAGAGGAGUCGUCUUUUCUUUCAUGGUUAGGCUCUAUUGAUGCCAAGUACCAUAUCUGGAAGCUCGGUGUAGUCUUUACAGAUAAUUCCUUCUUGUACUUAGCUUGGUAUACAACUAUGUCCAUCCUUGGUCACUACAACAACUUCUUCUUUGCUGCUCACUUACUCGAUAUCGCUAUGGGGUUUAAGACUCUGCGUACUAUUCUAUCUUCUGUAACUCACAAUGGCAAACAGCUCGUGCUGACUGUCGGACUCCUGGCUGUAGUGGUAUACCUUUACACAGUGGUAGCAUUCAACUUCUUCCGCAAAUUCUAUAACAAGAGUGAAGAUGAGGAUGAGCCAGACAUGAAGUGUGAUGACAUGAUGACUUGUUACUUAUUCCACAUGUAUGUGGGUGUAAGAGCGGGUGGCGGUAUUGGAGAUGAAAUUGAAGACCCUGCAGGAGACCCUUAUGAAAUGUAUCGAAUCGUGUUUGAUAUCACAUUUUUCUUCUUUGUCAUUGUCAUCUUGCUGGCCAUCAUUCAAGGUCUCAUUAUUGAUGCCUUUGGUGAAUUGAGAGAUCAGCAGGAGCAAGUCAAAGAAGACAUGGAGACAAAAUGUUUCAUUUGUGGAAUUGGCAAUGACUACUUUGACACAAUUCCACAUGGGUUUGAAAUGCAUACUUUGCAAGAGCACAACUUGGCCAACUACCUGUUUUUUCUGAUGUAUCUAAUUAAUAAGGAUGAAACAGAACAUACAGGACAGGAGUCAUAUGUAUGGAAAAUGUAUCAAGAAAGAUGCUGGGAUUUCUUCCCAGCUGGAGAUUGCUUUCGCAAACAAUAUGAAGAUCAACUUGGAUAAACACAUCAGCAAUAAAAUAUACUCAAAAUCAAAAUGAAGCAAAAAUCAAGCAAUUACCAUUUAAUGGUAUAAUACGAAUAUGUGUUUGACUUCUCCAUACAAUAAACUAACUUGUUUCAUUGUAGGACAAUCAGCUUGAGUUUUUGCACCAUCAACAAACAGGCUCUUGUAUUAACUGAUUUUCAAUUUUCAUAUCGGAAAACGUCAAAGAAAUAUGCUUACCUUAAACAUUUCUGUUCAUUAUCCUAGUUUAGGAAUAAUUUGUAUUAUUUAUUAAUUAAUUAAGGCAUAAUUUAGAAAUAAUGAAUAUAUUAGUAAACCCUGUCAUGAAAUAAGAGAUAGUUUAGCUACAAGGGCUAUUGUAUUGUAUUAAAUGCACAACAUCUGUAACUUAAGAACUUGAACAUGGAGUGACAAUGCCUCAUAUAUUCACUUGUUGUAAUAUUAAACAAUGUUUCAGCCAGCCCUUAUAUUCCCCACGUCAUUUCCUAAUUAAUAUGGGAAGGUAGAAAGUUUUGCCGAAACAUUUUAUUGCCACUGAAAUCCUAAUUAAGUGCCUUAAAUCUUUGCAAAAAUAACUAUGCAAAAAUAUUUUUAUUAGUAUUUUAAAAUGACUUUUUUGUUAAAUCAGUUAUGUUGCUUUCCUGUCUAAUUGUAUGAAAUACUUGAAAGGUAAUCACAUACUUGUUCCAAUAAUAGCUUGUUAGAUGCAGCUGGUAAAAGAAAUGUAUUGUCUUACAAUCUUAUAGAAGUAAAUUUUAGGACAAGUAAAAAUAAUGGUUUAUGGUCAACUAGUGGUAAAGUUGCUAUGUUUAUGCAUUUUUCCUUUAAAUAAGAAGUGCCCACUGCAAUAAAGAAUUUACAAACCAAA